CGAGAUGAAUGCCUCACUUUAACCAAUCAGGCUUCUACGCAGGGUGGGGCUUGCUUUAACCAACUGGUUUUCAUAAUGCCGCAUCAGUAGUGUCAUGUAACCGUAACAUGACCAAGGUUACUCCGAAGACAGAAGAAAAAUAUGAACAUUUAACAUCAUCUUAUCAAGGUCGUGAUGAGCAGCCCGUGUUUCUUGUCCUCCGCUGCCCGAAGUAUUAGCCUACCGUUUCCCGCCGCCGGUCUGCUCCGAUGCCGGCUGCUGAGCUCCUGCUCCGUUACAAGUUUUAGAAAUAUGUCCUCCAAAAGCCAAAUGGACCAUCUAGAGAAAACAGCGAGCAACUACAGACAAAAUGCUCUGUAUCCAGCUCAAGUAUGUGGCAUCAUAAACGAGUCACAGACGGUAAAACGUUUGCGAUUAGCUGUCCAUCCAGAUUUCAGCUUCAAAGCAGGACAGUGGGUGGAUUUCUUCAUCCCCGGUGUGGAGAAGGUGGGAGGUUUCUCCAUGUGCUCCAGCCCGGGUUUGCUGCAGAGGGAGGGCAUUGUUGAACUGGCCGUCAAAUACACCAAACACCCCCCAGCACACUGGAUCCACACCACGUGUACAGUGGGCUCCCGGGUGGCCAUGCGAGUUGGCGGGGACUUCUUCUUUAACCCAACUCCCUCCAGCCCCAGCGUGGAUUUGCUGCUGGUGGCCGGCGGCGUAGGGAUCAACCCCUUGUACUCUAUCCUGUUGCACAGCACAGAUCUGCUGCGUCUCAACCACGCCUCUGGUGGGCGGGAACACAACAUCUCUGCCCAUCUCUGCUACAGCGCCAAAAACACCCAGGAACUGCUCUUUAAGAGCUCCAUCAUCGAGGCGUGUCGGGAGUUCCCUGACAAGCUCUCCUGUGACCUCCACGUCACGCAACAGAGCACAGCUGUUGACUCGCACCUCCAGCCAUUUAUCAACCACGGGAGAAUCACAGACAAGGAGUUGCGGGCUCACGUGGACCCGCAGAGGACUUUGUGUUUCCUGUGUGGGCCCCCGCCCAUGAUCGAAGCACUUUCAAAAACCCUCAUGGACUUCGGCCUCCCGAAAGACAGAAUCCUCUUCGAGAAGUGGUGGUAGAACCUCUUCCAAUUCCCAGAAUCCUACAGGGUUGUCUUCCUGGAUUGUGCUCCUUUUGUUUCAUUCACCGGGGGGUGGGGGGGAUGUAUGGGGUGUGGCA